GUGAGUUGGCAGAGGUCACCCUCGGAGUAAUAAGCAAGAGGGAAACACAGCAUGGAUGCGCUUAGUGUGUGCAACAGCAGAUCAGGUUGUCCUGGAUCCUACAGAUGCUUCACGGGACGCUGAGGGCGAGGACGAGAUGACCAACACGUCGGUCUCAACGGUAACAGACUCACACCCGUCCACCGGCUGGUCAGCGGUCUCUGUGACCCCCGCGGUUACGAAUGUCACAGACUGGGAGCGCGAUGCUCUUCUGGCUGUGGCCGAGGUCGUGGUGCUGACGGUCAUCUUGGUGAUGGCGCUGCUCGGUAACGGGCUGGUGCUGGUAGUGUUGCUGAGGCGGAGACGACACCACAACAACCCGCUGCACCAGUUCAUGCUCAACCUCUGUGUGGCCGACCUGGUGGUGGCACUGUUCCAGGUGUUGCCCCAGCUGGUGUGGGACGCUAAAGGCAGCUUUCCUGGCCCGGACAUCCUGUGUCGCCUGGUGAAAUACCUGCAGGUCCUCGGGAUGUUCAGCUCCUCCUACAUGAUUGUAGCCAUGACGGUGGACCGACAUUACGCCAUCUGCUGGCCCCUGCUGGCGCACCGCAGCGGGGCCACCCAACGCUGGAACAGCUUCAUACUGCUGGCCUGGGGUCUGUCACUGCUGCUCAGCCUGCCACAGGUUUUCAUCUUCUCCCAAUCAGAAGUGGUUCCAGGUGUCUACGAGUGUUGGGGCAACUUUGCCGAGUCCUGGGGCCUCAAAGCAUACGUGACCUGGAUGACCCUGGCUGUCUUCAUCCUCCCGGUCCUCAUCAUCACCGUCUGCCAGGUGCGAAUCUUCAUGGAGAUCCACAACAAUCUGUACCUGAAGUCAGAGCGCCGCCUGUCCCCCGCCUCCUUCCCUCCAUCCAGACGGGACAGCCAGGGAGGAGGAGGAGGAGGCGGCGGCGGCAGAGGGAGAUCCAGUCUCUCCCUGUAUGUUUCUCCACUCAAGUUCAACAACCCCGGGAGUGACACCAGCUUUGACCCCGGAUCCAUCUAUCAGCACCCGCCCAUGGGUCCACUCGGGUCCAACAGCAUGGUGUCACAUUGUGAUAUUCACACCUGCACUGCUGUUCACCCAGCUGAGCUGCAGCCCAAUGUGCUGCCGGGCCCUGUAGCGCCCUCUGCUGUCUGCUGCCCCCCGCCCAAAGCCCCCCCGGCCCGCGGUGGAGAGGUAUCAGCGGCCAUGUCCAAGACAGUGAGGAUGACGCUGGUCAUAGUGCUCGUGUACUCGCUCUGCUGGGCCCCUUUCUUCAGCGUCCAGCUGUGGGCCGCCUGGGACCCCAAUCCACCUCAGAAUGGUGUGGUGUUCACCUUGCUGAUGCUGCUGGCCAGUCUGAACUCCUGCACCAACCCCUGGAUCUACUCCGCCUUCUCCAGCAGCGUCUCUCCGGAGCUCCGCCUGCUGCUGCUCUGUCGCACUCACUCACAGCGCCGGGGCUCGUUACCCAACGACUCCACCACCACACACACCUCCAACAACUGAACAAUACACACCAUCAACACAGUCGGCCUAUAGUCGGAACUAUAGUCUAUGAACAGCAGCUCCCUUUCUUGUCCAGGCGAGAUAGCGUGGUGUGGAGGAUACAAUCCACCUCCCAGCCCUAAAGUUCACUAAUUCACAAGUUGUAUCUCAUGUGUCACGUUAUACUAAUCUGCAAUAAAAUCAAAGUGUGGAAAGACAUUUCUCCAUUUGGAAGGUUGUGUACCUGACAAGCAGCCAGCAGAGACUCUAGUCUAGUUUCUGCUUUUAUCUUAAAAUAAAUAAAUAAAUAAAAAUAAAUAGUUGACAAACCCACGUAAAAUCACAACUUCUCAUUUUUUAACUUUGUUUUUUUGCUGCUCACUGGGCAAGAAGUAUGUCGAACACGGCUAAUCAUAUUGUAUUCCCCACAGCGUUAAACUAUAUUCCUGUAAGUACAACCAGUAGUUUAGAUGAAAACUGCGGCAAUGUGUUUUAUAAAGUGUAAUUCUUGUAAAAGCAAGUGUUUGGGUGAUUUCUCCACACUUUAGUGAAAGAAAUAAAAUCAAUUUUCUUCAUUUUUUUUUUUUUCCAACAGAAAAUAAAUAAAAGAAAAUGUU